UGUCUGCACCCUAAGUGGAACGAAACCCUCUUGUCAUGUGAUUGGUGAGGUUGAUUAUGGAAAAUGGCGGCUCCCAUAGACUCAAUGCUGUUUUGAGCAUUUGGUAGGAUUAGUGUCAUUUGAAGGAAUACACACCGAAAACGCGAAGGAAUUCAGAACGAACUCGAAGCGAUGAAGACAUUCUGCGCCCGCGCGAACCCUACCACCGGCGCGCUGGACUGGGUAGAAGAGGGAGAGGAGUAUGACUACCACCAAGAAAUUGCCCGGUCCUGCUACGCGGACAUGCUACACGACAGAGAUAGAAACCUGAAGUACCACCAGGGAAUCCGGGCGGCAGUGGGACGGGUGAAGGCCAGGGGCGAACGGGUCGUGGUUCUGGACAUCGGCACCGGAACCGGACUGCUGUCCAUGAUGGCCGCCAGCGCCGGUGCGGACUACUGCUACGCUGUGGAGGUGUUUAAACCCAUGGCCGAUGCUGCAGUGCGCAUCGUGGAGAAGAAUGGACUUAGCGACAAAAUCAAGAUCAUCAACAAACACUCGACUGAGGUCACCGUGGGGCCAGACGGAGACAUGCAGACUCGUGCCAACAUCCUGGUGACAGAGCUGUUUGACACCGAGCUGAUCGGAGAGGGAGCCCUGCCCAGCUACGAACACGCCCAUGCUCACCUGGUGCAGACGGGCUGCGAGGCGGUUCCCCACCGCGCCACCGUGUACGCCCAGCUGGUGCAGUCGGAGCGGCUGUGGAGCUGGGCGCAGCUGCUCCCGGUGGACGUGGAGGGCCGUGAGCUCCGCCCUCCUCCCGCGGUGGGCCGGUGCGCCGGGGCGCCCUCUGUCUGCGACAUCCAGCUGGGCCAGGUGUCCCCCGACACCUUCACCCCGCUGGGGCCGCUCUGCACCAUGUUCAGUGUGGACUUCAGCCGGGCCGUCAGCAGUGCCAGUCAGGCCCAUUCCUGCCGGUUUGAGGUCUGCAGCAGCGGUCAGGCCCAGGUGGUUCUGUCCUGGUGGGACAUCGAGAUGGACCCGGACGGCACCAUCAUCUGCAGCAUGGCCCCGAGCUGGACCUACCCGGAUCCCAAAUCCUACCCUUGGCGGGAUCACUGGAUGCAGAGCGUGUACUUCCUGCCUGUGGAGCAGAGUGUGACUAAGGGGGAGGAGCUUAGCCUCACUGUGUCACAUGAUGACUACAGCCUAUGGUACAGUCUGCAGUCUAAAAGCAGCACUGAGGGGCCUCCCUGUCAGCCCUGCUGUACCUGUCAGGCACACCUGGUAUGGACCCGCCCUCGCUUCGGGGAGCUGAACGACUCGCAGCGGACCAAGAGUUACACCCGCGCAUUGCUCAGUGCCGUCAGAGCAGACAGUGUGUGUCUGGGGGUCAGCGAUGGGAGUCUGCUGCCCAUUUUCGCUCAGCUUCUGGGGGCUAAGAAGGUGUUCAGUUUGGAGAGCUCUGGCAUGUUCAAGCAGGUGAUCGAACAGGUGCUGGAGGCCAAUGCCCUGAAGGGUGUGGUUCAGGUGCUUGGCUUGCGCCCUGACCAGCUCACUGCCAAAGACCUGGGAGACGAACAGGUGUCUGUGCUGCUGGGAGAGCCGUACUUCAGCACCAGCCUGCUGCCCUGGCACUCCCUGUUCUUCUGGUACUGUCGGACCAGCCUGAGCCCCCUGCUGCGGCCCGACGCCACCAUCCUGCCCCAGGGCGCCACACUCUGGGUCGCGGGCGUCGAGUUCCUGGACCUCUGGAGAAUCAGAGCUCCGUGCGGCUCGUGUGAAGGUUUCGACGUUCGCCCCAUGGAUGACAUGAUCCAGCACUCCCUGGAUUUUCGGGAAUCCCGUGAGGCAGAGCCUCACCCCCUGUGGGAGUACCCCUGCCGCGCCCUGACCCAGCCCCUCCCUGUCAUGACCUUUGACUUCCGACAGUGCGUUCCUGAUCAACCAAUCAACAGCCAGGGAUCGUCCCCACUUGUGAGGAGAGGCUGUUGCCAUGGAGUGGUCUUGUGGAUGGAAUACCAGCUGACUGAUGACAUCACAGUGAGCAUGGGUCUGACCCGGCCAAUCAACGAGCAGGGAAAUUGUGAAUGGAGUCCCCACCGAAAACAAGGUGUAUACUUCUUCAGUUCUCCCUGGGACAGCGCCGGGGAUGGGCAGGCUGCCGUGACCUAUAACCUGACCUUUGACCCCAGCAGUGGCGACAUCAGAAUGGACUUCUCUGCGUCCCUUUGUCAGUGACUCAUGACCCCUGACCCGUGACCUGGCAGGCUUCACAAUGUCCCCACGCCAAGGCUGCACACGACUUGACCUGCUCCCCCUAACCAUAUACAAGACUGUUUCCAACUGUUUCAUUUAAAGUAACGUUGUCCAACUCUGUCAAGUGUGUGCUACGGAGCCUUGUUCAGAAUAGACUGUUCAUUCUCUGUUUUUCAGAGUACAUUAUUUAUUCUGUUUUCUUUAUUUAGUUAUUGCGUUGUAUCUCAUUGAUGGCAUGUUGACAGUGCUUCAUAUGGUGAGAGAGGGAGGAGUCAGUCGGUUCUGCGCGGUCAGUGCAGGUGACACAGCGCAGGUGAAUGGGUCAGGCCAGUUCUCGAUGAUUACCUGCUCUUCCUCAUUUUUAAAUGAAGUGUGCUACUGGUGGGAAGCCGUUGUAGAGGUAGGAGGCGAGCGUGCUUCCAUCGACCAAUUCGGGCUAUCUUUUAUUCCGGGCCAGGCCUGGGUGUCUGUAGAGCAGUUUGAAUGCUGACUAAGACUACAGCCCGAAGUCAAGGGUCAGAUUUGUGUUUAAGAGAAGAAACUAAUAAAUUUGUGAACAACACAA